UGGUUAAAACUUUUGCACAAUAACAGCUAUAAAAUCCAUAUAUAACUGCCGCCUUGCCGUAUUUGAACAUGUCUGGAUUUAAAUUUGAUUUGGUCAAAGCCAAACUCCUUGCAAUUGCAAGAACCGGGGUGUUCGUCAACUUUUCGCCUUCCAAGGUAGACGAUACAUACAACGAGCUCAAGCAACUUCUUAUCAACGGGGACUCCAUCGACAUCAAAGAUGUCUAUGACUUAUAUGAGCUCCACGUUUAUUUGUCGUUAAUCACCAACCAUGAUGUGGAGGCCAAGAGCUAUAUCGACAGAAUUAUAGAUCAGUUUGGUGAUGAAAAUUCCCAGCGGAUCACUCUUUUGAAGUCGAUAUAUUACGAAAGCCAGGGGUCGAAGAAGGAAGGUGCCAGUAUCUUGGGCGCCAACAAAAAUGAGUUGAGACUAUCCAGGAGAUUACUUACUUAUAACAGAGAAAACCUUAAAGGUGAAGAGUAUGUUAGUAACUUGGUAUUUUACUUGAAUCUCCAGCCAGCGGAUUUAAUUGCAUGGGCCGAGUUGGCAGACGAGUAUGCCAAGUUGGGUCACUAUGACAAGAGUAUCUUCUGCUUGAAGGAAGUUCUUUUAGAAGAGCCCGUGGCAUAUCCGAUCUUGUAUAAGGUGGGACUUUUGAACUACUAUCUCUUCUUGCAGAACUUCAAGGAAGCUAUUGUUAAGAAGGAUGCGUUGGUGGAAUUGAUGAAGUACUUGGUGGAUUCUCGGAACAGCUGGUUGAGAACGAUUGAAGUGUGUAAGGAUCACAAGGCCAGUUGGUUGGGGGUGUACCUUAUUUGCAACCAGAGCAGUUUCAACGACAAGUUGGACAAGUUGGCAAACGUCAAGGAGUUUGAAAAGUACAAGGCCGACAUCAAGAGGCUUUCUGGACCGAGUGCCCAGAAGGUCAUGGAGUUGAAUAACAUCACUGAAAAAGAGUUGAAAACUUUGGUGUUGUAA